CCCGCUCCCGGCUCUCCGCCUCACUAGCAGCGGCUCUCGGUGCAGCGGGGACCGGGCGCAGCGGCCUGUGCCCAAGGAGCGCACGACACUGCUCGGAACGCACCGCCACCCUUGCCCCCUCAGCCGCCCACUCGGGAUCUCCAGCGGCCUCCGCGCGCGCACGAUGCCUUCGGCCACCAGCCACAGCGGAAGCGGCAGCAAGUCGUCCGGACCGCCACCUCCUUCGGGUUCCACCGGGAGUGAGGCGGGGGCCGGGGCCGCCGCGCCGGCUUCUCAGCACCCCACGACCGGCACCGGCGCUGUCCAGACCGAGGCCAUGAAGCAGAUUCUCGGGGUGAUCGACAAGAAACUUCGGAACCUGGAGAAGAAAAAGGGCAAGCUUGAUGAUUAUCAGGAACGAAUGAACAAAGGGGAAAGGCUUAAUCAAGAUCAGCUGGAUGCUGUAUCUAAGUACCAGGAAGUCACAAAUAAUUUGGAGUUUGCAAAAGAACUACAGAGGAGUUUCAUGGCAUUAAGCCAAGAUAUUCAGAAAACAAUAAAGAAGACAGCACGUCGGGAGCAGCUUAUGAGAGAAGAAGCUGAACAGAAACGUUUAAAAACUGUGCUUGAGCUGCAGUAUGUUUUGGACAAAUUGGGAGAUGACGAAGUGAGAACUGACCUGAAGCAAGGUUUGAAUGGAGUGCCAAUAUUGUCUGAAGAGGAAUUGUCGUUGUUGGAUGAGUUCUACAAAUUAGCAGACCCUGAACGGGACAUGAGCUUGAGGUUGAAUGAGCAGUAUGAACAUGCCUCCAUUCACCUGUGGGACUUGCUGGAAGGGAAGGAAAAACCUGUAUGUGGAACAACCUAUAAAGCUCUAAAGGAAAUUGUUGAGCGUGUUUUCCAGUCAAACUACUUUGACAGCACUCACAACCACCAGAAUGGGCUGUGUGAGGAAGAAGAGGCAGUCUCAGCACCUGCAGUUGAAGACCAGGUAGCUGAAGCUGAACCUGAGCCUGCAGAAGAAUACACUGAACAAAGUGAAGUUGAAUCAACAGAGUAUGUAAAUAGACAAUUUAUGGCAGAAACACAGUUCAGCAGUGGUGAAAAGGAGCAGGUAGAUGAGUGGACAGUUGAAACAGUUGAGGUGGUAAAUUCACUCCAGCAGCAACCUCAGGCUGCAUCUCCUUCAGUACCAGAGCCCCACUCUUUGACCCCAGUAGCUCAGGCAGAUCCCCUUGUGAGAAGACAGCGAGUACAGGACCUUAUGGCGCAAAUGCAGGGGCCCUAUAAUUUCAUACAGGAUUCAAUGCUGGAUUUUGAAAACCAGACCCUUGAUCCUGCCAUUGUAUCUGCACAGCCUAUGAAUCCAGCACAGAACAUGGACAUACCCCAGCUGGUUUGCCCUCCAGUUCAUUCUGAAUCUAGACUUGCUCAACCUAAUCAAGUUUCUGUACAACCAGAAGCUUCACAGGUUCCUUUGGUUUCAUCCACAAGUGAGGGCUAUACAGCAUCUCAACCCUUGUACCAGCCUUCUCAUGCUACCGAGCAACGACCACAAAAGGAACCAAUUGACCAGAUUCAGGCAACAAUCUCUUUAAAUACAGACCAGACUACAGCAUCAUCAUCCCUUCCUGCUGCUUCUCAGCCUCAGGUGUUCCAGGCUGGGACAAGCAAACCUUUACACAGCAGUGGAAUCAAUGUAAAUGCAGCUCCAUUCCAAUCCAUGCAAACGGUGUUCAAUAUGAAUGCCCCAGUUCCUCCUGUUAAUGAACCAGAAACUUUAAAACAGCAAAAUCAGUACCAGACCAGUUAUAACCAGAGCUUUUCCAGUCAGCCUCACCAAGUAGAACAAACAGAGCUUCAGCAAGAACAGCUUCAAACAGUGGUUGGCACUUACCAUGGUUCCCAGGACCAGACCCAUCAAGUGACUGGUAACCACCAGCAGCCUCCCCAGCAGAACACUGGAUUUCCACGUAGCAGUCAGCCCUAUUACAACAGUCGUGGUGUGUCUCGUGGAGGCUCCCGUGGUGCUAGAGGCUUGAUGAAUGGAUACAGGGGACCUGCUAAUGGAUUCAGAGGAGGAUAUGAUGGUUACCGCCCUUCAUUCUCUAACACUCCAAACAGUGGAUAUACACAGUCUCAGUUCAGUGCUCCCCGGGACUACUCUGGCUAUCAGCGGGAUGGAUAUCAGCAGAAUUUCAAGCGAGGCUCUGGGCAGAGUGGACCACGGGGAGCCCCACGAGGUCGUGGAGGGCCCCCAAGACCCAACAGAGGGAUGCCGCAAAUGAACACUCAGCAAGUGAAUUAAUCUGAUUCACAGGAUUAUGUUUAAUCGCCAAAAACACACUGGCCAGUGUACCAUAAUAUGUUACCAGAAGAGUUAUUAUCUAUUUGUUCUCCCUUUCAGGAAACUUAUUGUAAAGGGACUGUUUUCAUCCCAUAAAGACAGGACUACAAUUGUCAGCUUUAUAUUACCUGGAUAUGGAAGGAAACUAUUUUUACUCUGCAUGUUCUGUCCUAAACGUCAUCUUGAGUCUUGCACAUGAUACUCAGAUUCCUCACCCUUGCUUAGGAGUAAAACAUCAUAUACUUUAACGGGGUGGUAUCUCCAUAGUUAUUUUAAGUGGCUUGGAAAAAGCAAGAUUGACUUGACUUUGGAUAAAAUCUACAAAUCAGCCCUAUUAUUCAGUGGUAAUUGACAAAACUAUUUCCCUUGAAAGGAAGAUGGAAGGAGUGGAGUGUGGUUUGGCAUAACAACUGCAUUUCACAGCUUUUCCAGUUAAGUUGGAGCACUGAACAUUUAGAUGCAUACCAAAUUAUGCAUGGGUCCUUAAUCACACAUAUAAGGCUGGCUACCAGCCUUAGGGUUUGACACAGCACUGUUCAUUCUCUGGCCAGACGACUGUGGUUAAAAACACAUGUAAAUUGCUUUUUAACAGCUGAAACUGUAUAAGACAAAGCCAAAAUGCAAAAUUAGGCUUUGAUUGGCACUUUUUGAAAAAUAUGCAACAAAUAAGGGAUAUAAUCUGGAUGGCCGCUUCUGUACUUAAUGUGAAAUAUUUAGAUACCUUUUUGAACACUUAACAGUUUCUUUGACAAUGACUUUUGUAAGGAUUGGUACUAUUUAUCAUUCCUUAUGAUGUACAUUGUCUGUCACUAAUCCUUGGAUCUUGCUGUAUUGUCACCUAAAUUGGUACAGGUACUGAUGAAAAUAUCUAAUGGAUAAUCAUAACAACCUUGGUCACAUGUUUUUCCUGCAGCCUGAAAGUUUUUAAAAGAAAAAGAUAUCAAAUGCCUGCUGCUACCACCCUUUUAAAUUGCUAUCUUUUGAAAAGCACCAGUAUGUGUUUUAGAUUGAUUUCCCUAUUUUAGGGAAAUGACAGUCAGUAGUUUCAGUUCUGAUGGUAUAAGCAAACAAAUAAAACAUGUUUAUAAAAGUUGUAUCUUGAAACACUGGUGUUCAACAGCUAGCAGCUUAUGUGGUUCACCCCAUGCAGUUAGUGUUCCAAAUUUUAUGGUUAUCUCCAGCAGCUAUUUCUAUAGUACUUGCACUUAUCUUUUGUCUAACCCUAAUUGAAUUAUCCAUUUCUCAUGGAAGUAUUUAUAUUCAAAGUGGUGAUUCCUUCCCAUAGAUGUAUAGGGAGAGUCCCAAGUUUGAUGAAGAGGACAGUUUAGUAAUUUAUGUACUAUGUUGAAAUUUGUGCUAGCAGUUGGAGCACUAGUUCUGUGUGCCUAUGAAGUUAAUGCUGCUUGUUGUAUCCCACUUGGACUUCAUGGAGAAUUAAUCCCACCUAUUAAGCAAAGGCUACUAAGUUAAUGGUAUUUUCUGUGCAGAAAUUGAAUUUAGUCUUCAGCCUUAGCUAAGGAAUUUUUCCAGUAGGUAGGUGCUCAGCUACUUUUAAAAAAGAAACAAAAAACCCCACAAAACCAUUCUCAAACGUUCAUCAUUAGACAACUGGAGUUUUUGCUGGUUUUGUAACCUACUAAAAUGGUUAGGCUAUUGAACAUUCCACAUUCAGAAGUUUUGUAGGGUGGUGGGGAAUGGGGGGGAAUCUUCAAUGUUUAUUUUAAAAUAAAAGAAGUUCUUUUCUCA